AUGCGAGGCGUGGGCUGCCUCCCCUUCUCCACCCCUUCCACGCGGGAGGGGCUCUGGGCGAGGCUUGGCCCUCCUCUCCUCCCUCUUUCCCUCUCCCGCCAUCCAUCCAUCCAUCCAUCCAUCCCUCCUUCCUUCCCUCCUUCCUUCCUUCCAGGCCUCUCCCCCGAUGCGUCCCGGCGAUGCUCCCCGCCUGGGGCGGCUCAGACCCCGCGAGGCCGAGCCCCCGAGAGGCCUCUUCUUCUCCCGGCUCUGGAGGGGCGCCUCCCUGGACACCCCACUCGCGACCCCCACCAUGAAGGCCCAGCAGGAGGAGGACGAAGAGGAGGAAGAAGAGGAGGAGGAGGAGGAGGAGGAGGAGGAAGGGGACGCCGGCAGCAGCGCACAGAGCCGCCCCCCGGCCCACGCGCAGCUCCGACCUGCUGGCCAGGAAGCCCUGAGACCUCCUCGGGUGACCAUGCUGAACGGGGAGACGAGCGCUUCCUCGGCCAAGAAUGUGGUCCGAAGCUCCAGCAUCAGUGGCGAGAUGUACAACAUUGAGAAGAGUAACGGGGGCAAUCCGGACUCGGCGAGCCUGUCGUCCACGAAGAAGCGACGUUCUAGUUUGGGGGCCAAGAUGGUGGCGAUCGUGGGUCUGUCGCAGUGGAGCAAGAGCACAAUGCAACUCAACCAUCCUGACGGAGGCCCCAAGAAGCUGCGCAGCAACAUCCGCCGCAGCACGGAGACGGGCAUCGCUGUGGAGAUGAGGAACCGCAUCACUCGGCAAGGCAGCCGGGAGUCCACCGACGGCAGCACCAACAGCAACAGCUCCGAGGGAACGUUUAUCUUCCCCACGACCAGGCUGGGCGCCGAAAGCCAGUUCAGCGACUUCUUAGACGGCCUCGGACCGGCGCAAAUUGUGGGGCGGCAGACGCUAGCCACCCCUCCCAUGGGUGACGUCCACCUGGGAAUGGUUGACAGAAACGGGCAGCUGGAGGUGGAAGUGAUCGAAGCCCGGAGCCUCACUCCCAAGAUGGGCUCCAAGAGCAUUCCCGCCACCUACGUCAAGGUGUACCUGCUAGAAAACGGGGUUUGUCUGGCCAAGAAGAAAACCAAGACGGCCAAGAAGACCUGCAACCCGCUCUACCAGCAGGCCCUGCUCUUUGACGAAGGGCCCCAGGGCAAGAUGCUGCAGGUGAUUGUCUGGGGCGACUACGGGCGCAUGGACCACAAGUGCUUCAUGGGGAUGGCCCAGAUCGUGCUCGAGGAGCUGGACCUCUCCACGGUGGUGAUGGGUUGGUACAAGCUCUUCCCCACCUCCUCUUUGGCGGACUCCACCAUCGGGCCCCUGACCCGCCGCCUCUCCCAGUCCUCGCUGGAGAGCUCAAUAAGCCCCUCGUGUCCUUAAGGAAGACCGGGAGGAGAGGAGACGCCCGGAAGAGCCGCCUGCUCCACCACCGCUUUCGGUAGCAUGGUUUGUAAAUACUCCAUGUCUUUCCCUCCCACCGUCUUUCCCUCCUCUUUCUCCUUCUUCUCCACCUUCUCCAAGGAGAGAAAACGGCACCCGACGACGACAACGUUAGACGUCCCUCACUCCACAGAAGCUCCUGAAGAUAGUGGAGGGAGGCAUUUCAAAAGGGGAAGGAAAAAGGGACACGGGGCAAAAAAGGAAGCGCGAUACAACUGACCGACUCCCUAGUUUCCGAGACUGUUACGUCACCUUGAAACACAUUGCCUUUGAAAAAGGAGUCACUCGUUUCUCAUCUCUCAGACAUAAACCUCUUCUCUGACGGGACUCAGUUAAUCUCGCUGCAAGUAGCAUGUUCACUGAAUAGGUUUCUUUCUCGCUCAGUAUUGUUUCGUUUCCAUAUCUCUGACCGAGAAGGCCGAAUUUUCCUCCUGGUUCGGUUUUUCCUCGGAGGAAAGAAAGAUUCCGCACUAUUAACCAUUUUUAAAGGGAAAUGUAGCAUCUCCAGGCAUUAUGUAGCUUGCCACGUAUUCACUGGUCGUUCUGCGAUAUUUGGGUAUAUCGACUCCUUCCUGCCCCAAAAAGGAAGCACAAAUGAGAUACUUCCUUUUAUAGUUUGUUUAAAGCGCAUGCAAGUGCUUUACGGAGGAAAGGGAAGGGAGAGCGCUCCUACCGAAGUCGUAGAAACGAUCGACGGUGCAUUCGACAUGACUGUUACGUUUAAAGCACAUUGAGGUUCGCAUUUUGCUUUCUCGCCCUUUGAGCACUUUUAAUUUUCUUCUCCUUUCUCCGACGGAGCCGUGAGACCAUCGUGUCUCUUACGGUCUGUGGUUGAGUCUUGUGGAAGCGGCAUGAGAAUGGGGCAGGGGCCCAGUUUGGGGCUUCUUUGGGUUGGUGAAAAAAGAGACGAUCUGACUGGAUCGUGUCCUGUGUGUAGCCGGCGCUCUGCUUUUGUGGGCCGAAAGGCAUAACGCUAAAGCGCUAGCAUCCAAACGGAUGGUGGAAAGUACUAGCAGAAAUACAGGGGUUGUUGAAUGCAAGGGAGGGCCACAGAGGAGCAUAAUACUGUAUAUACUCAUGUAUAAGUCAACCUCAUGUACAAGUCAAGGGCAGGUUUGGAUUUUGAUGCGACCCAUGAAUAAGUCGAGGGUCAUUUUGUGAAAAGGGGAAAGCACCAUUGCCAUCCCAGAGAGAAAAA